AUGCUGAGCCGCGUGGGCCUGGCGACGUCACGUGAAAUUGAAGAGCUCCGUGUAUCUGGUAUUGCGCAGCUCAAGACGAAGGGGGCAUUUGAUCUACCACCACAAGGAACCAGUCGGGCUCUUCUGGACGCUUACUUCCACUAUUCCCAUGCCACCUUACCUAUCCUCGAUAGGUCCAAAUUUCUUUUCAAUAUCGAAAGGGGCUCAAUUUCACACCUGUUAUUGAAUGCAGUCUACCUCGCUGCCACAGUUUAUUGCUCAGAUUCUGUCAUUGCAAACGCAGGAUUCGCCUCACGAUACGCCGCAAGCCUUACCUUUUAUCGAAGAGCUAAAUCCAUCCAUGACGCCGGAUAUGAGUCCGAUACAAUUGCAACGAUUCAGGCCACAUUUCUCAUGUCUCAUUGGUGGAGUGGUAUACUGGAGCCUCAAGACCCUUGGUACUGGAUUGGCAUUUCCACGGGGAUGGCACAUGCCCUCGGACUGCAUCAAGCGAAAUCGUACGGCCGUCUCGAAGCUAUGGACAUAAACUUGUCCAUGUUGCUUGAUCGCCCUCCCCACGUACAAGGAAGACUUUGCAACCUCCCCCCUCUGUCGGAAGCAGAUUUUGAACACGAAGAUAGGCCCGACGAGCGGGAUGCAUUCCCCGUGACUUCGAGUGAGGUAUCCAGCUUCGUGAUCAAUUACGUGCAGCUUGCUCGAAUAGUGGAUAAAUUCUUCACUCUCAAGUUUGAUGAAGAUAGCGGUCAAUCGCAAGAUAUCUGUCUGGAGCAGAUUUCUAUAUGGUGGUCAUCGGUCCCAGCAGAAUUCCAAUCGUUAUCGACAAACAGUAGUACCUGGGCUAUACUGACUCGAAUCAUAUACCAAACAUACCGCUUAUUAUUACAUCGAAGCAACCCGAGAUAUCCUCUCAGCGCGGGGACGUCGGCUCCCACGUUCGAGAUAUGUACGGAGAUUUCCCACAUGCUGGAAAUACUCAUGUCAAAGGAUCUCGUUUAUGCAGCCGCAGGUAGCAUAAUUGCCCCAGCACUAUCAGUCCUCUCAGUGCAUAUAAUCAACAUAUACAGAGGGGAUACUGGCGUGCGGAUGAUUUCUGAACAUCGGGCCCGACUCUGCAUGAUCAUACUGGACAAGUUGCAGGAUAGGUUUCCGGUGAUAGCGGCCUUUUUACCAAUCUAUGAAUCUCUGCUAAAACAGAAACAUGUCACCAUGCAGACGAACGGGAAUACAAAGGCGCAAGAGUCUCCGGUAACAGGGCCUUCACCGCAAAGCGGAACAAGCCAACUUGAAAAUGGAAAUCCGUUGGGGAGUAUGAGCGGUACCGGGAGCUUGUUCGAUGAGGUCCUGCAAGAUACGGAUAUGGGCACAAUGUUUCCUUUCUCGUUUCCGUUCGGCAAUCUGUUUGAUGAUGUCUUCUUCGGUGCACCUUCUCAGCCUACAGCGUACCAUGAGAAUGAGGUUCCUUGA